AUGGUUUCUGAAAACACUCUCUCUUCCUCUAAGCACUCUUCUACUUCUACUACUCCUAAAUUUUGUAACUCUUACACUACUAGGAUUUUUGCUGAUGUUGCUGGUGACAUUACAAUUGUUGUUGAUGGAGAGUCAUUUUUGCUGCAUAAGUUUCCUUUGGUUACUCUAAGUGGGAAGAUCCGGAGGAUGGUUGCUGAAGCCAACAAGGGUUCCAAUGUUUCAAAUUUGGAGCUCCUGAACUUUCCAGGAGAGCACCAGACAUUUGAACUUGCCAUGAAGUUCUGUUACGGGAUGAAUUUCGAGAUUACGACAUUUAACGUUGCCCGGCUGCGUUGUGCAGCUGAGUAUCUCGAAAUGACAGAAGAAUACCGGGAGCAAAACCUCAUCUCAAGAACGGACAUUUAUCUGAAUGAGUUUGUGUUUCAAAGUCUUCAGAAGUCAGUGGAAGUUCUAUCAACCUGUGAGAUGUUACCGCUGAAUAUAGUAGAGGAGAUAGAAAUUUCAAAAGGGUGUGUGGAAGCUAUUGCAAUGAAUGCUUGUAAAGAGCAAUUGGUUUCUGGUUUAUCUAAAUUAGAUUGCGAUGGUGAGUCUAAGGAACUUAAGGAGGACUUUGUGGCAUGGUGGAUUGAAGAUCUCUCGGUACUGCGUAUCGAUUUCUACCAGAGAGUUGUAUGUGCCAUGAGAAGAAUGGGAGUUAGAUCACAUAGCAUUAUAGCUUCACUGAUGCAUUAUGCUCAGUCAUCAUUGAAGGGUAUUGGAAAAUGUCAAUACUGGAAUCCAUCAAGAACAAACUCGAGUCCAACCACUAUAGAAAAGGACCAGAGGACGAUCGUCGAAACUAUUGUUAGUCUCAUGCCAACAGACAAAAGCUCUUCCAUGAUUCCCUUGUCUUUCUUGUUUGGCAUGUUAAAGAUGGCCAUUAUGUUGGGAGCCCCCAUUCCCUGUAGGCUUGAGCUUGAAAGAAGGAUAUCGUUAAGGUUGGAGAUGGUUUCGCUAGAUGAUCUUCUUAUACCGUCUCUGCAGAGUGGCGACUCCUUGUUUGAUGUAGAUACAGUUCACAGGCUACUGGUGAAUUUCUUGCAGAGGAUUGAAGAGGAGGACACAGAAGACUACGGAUAUGAAUCCGACGGGGUUGGCUCUAAUGGUCACGGUUCUUUGCUAAAAGUAGGUCAGCUUAUUGAUGCUUUUUUAGCAGAAAUUUCUCCUGAUCCUUGCUUAAGUGUACAGAAGUUUAUUGCCUUGAUUGAGAUACUUCCAGAUUAUGCCCGUGUCAUCGACGAUGGCCUUUAUAGAGCCGUGGACAUUUAUUUGAAGGCCCAUACAGCAUUAACAGAACAAGAAUGCAAGAAACUUUGCAAGUUUAUAGACUGUCAGAAGCUAUCUCAAGAAGCAUGCAACCAUGCUGCUCAGAAUGAUAGACUUCCACUGCAGAUGGUGGUACAAGUCUUGUAUUUUGAGCAGCUGCGGUUGAAAAAUGCCUUGUCAGGGAGUUCAGGAGAAGGGCUACUAUCGCAGAGAAUAAGUAGCGGUGUUCCAAGUGCAGCCAUGUCCCCAAGGGACAACUAUGCAUCUCUGCGACGAGAGAAUCGAGAACUGAAGCUGGAGAUUUCAAGAUUGAGGGUUAGGCUGAGUGAGUUAGAGAAGGAGCAAAUGUUCAUGAAACAAGGCAUGAUUGAUAAGGCAGGAAAUGGAAGAACUUUCUUUACCUCACUUUCUAAAGGAAUAGGAAGAAUUGCAAAUUUUAGCGGUCAAGGUGGAGGAAAGCAUCAGAAAUCGAGUAGGAAGGCUCGGGAGGGAAAAAAUGGUAGGAGUAGGAGAUACUCUGUCUCAUAG